UAUGUUGCUAUGGCUACUACACAAGGGUAGUUGGGGCGGGCAGAGGCGUGUUGGGUCCGUAUAUCGUCUGUAUAACAUAAUUCUUGUACCCUUUUAGUAGAAUUUAAUAAUUUAAGAUUAAGAUAAUGACGAGUGAAGUACUUGCCGAGAUUAAAUGGGACGAGGGGUUUGCAAUUCCCGUAGCGAAUUCUGAGAAUAAGCGAUUGGAAGAAGAUAUGCAGAAAAGACAAAAAGAAAAAGCAAAUCUGGAAAACAGAUUGAAUGAGUAUGAAGACCGUAUCCAUGCUAUGGCUGAACACCUGAAAAAUGUCAGGCAAGAGUUGACCCAUACACAGUCACUUUGCAGAGCUAGAGAAAAGGAAACAGAAACUGAAGAACAUUUCAAAUCUUUAUCUGAGAGAGAAAUGGGACGCCUCAAACAAGAGAUUAAACGGUUAGAACAUGAAAUUAUUUCUUUAAGAGAGAAGAAGAACAUGCAAGAGAAUAAUAUAUUUCGUGCUACUCAAAAACUGGAAGACUUGAAAUGCCAGCUGAAGUGGGAUCAGCAAGCACUAGAGGCUUGGUUAGAGGAAUCAGCCCGAAAAGAUGAUGACUCAGUUGCCCUUCAGAAGUACGCACGGCAAGAUGAAGGAAAAAUAAAAGAGAUGACUUUACAGAUAGAGAAACUGACAACUGAUGCAAACCAGAAACGCAGACUGCUUGACAGUGAACUGACAGAAACCAUAACAGCUCAGAUUGAGUUGGAUAAAGCAGCAGAAGAUUUUCGAAAAGCCCAUUAUGAAAGGCAGGAGCUAAUUCGACAGUGGGAGAGCACUAUUGAACAAAUGCGAAAGAGAGAUCAAGAAAUGGACCAUUGUGCACUGCUACUGGCUGAAGUGAAACAACAAACAAGAGAGAGAGAAGCUGUCAUUAAGGAAAAGAUUCACUUCUUGGAGAGUGAAACUGGCAAUAAUAAAGAGUAUGAAAAGAAAAUAUCAGUUGCUGAGAGACAAGCUGCUAAACUUAGAUUGGACUAUCAAGACUUUGAAAGCAAUCGUAGUCGUCUGCAAGAUGAGUUGGAGGGGUUGAAGAUCACUGUAGAUAGGACUGCUACAGACUUAGAAGCUAUGAGGUCACUGGUGUCAAAUCUAAAGAAGGAAAUUCAAGAGAAAAAUAGCAGGGUUAAACUUUCUAAGGAAAAAAAUGAAGCCCUUACAUGCAAACUGAAAUCUGUAACCGAAUCAGCAUUGAGUGUGGAAGAGCGAGCUCUUCGGAUGGAGGAAAUGCUAAAAGAGGAGGAACAAGCAGUAAAGGAGCUGGAGACUCGUCUGAGUCAUCUGAGGGAGUUAAAGUUCAAGAAAGAACAAGAACUACACACACACAAAACAAAGGAGAAGAAUGUCACAGCAGAAAUAGCUGGCAGUAGAACAGCACUUAAGAAUCUUAACAAUCGACUGCAGAAACUGGAUAUGGACUCCCUCAGGCAACAGGAAAUUUUGUAUAACCAGGAUUUUCAGAUUCAGCAAAUGGAGCGUCGAAUGGCCCGGAUGAAAGGUGAUGUUAAUAUAGAGGAAAAGCAUGUUUUGGAGGCCAAGAUAGCAGAACUCACCAAAACGUUGGAAGAGAAAAGCGACACUUACAAUUUGUUGAGUGCACAGCACAAAAAACUUCAGGAUGAUGUCCGCUACAUUAAGAAAGGUUUUGACAAAACUGUGCAGGAAAAAAGUGAUCUGACAAGUAAAAUAGAAGAACUUACACUUUUCAAUGAUAUGUCUGAAAAAGAAUUCAAGAAAAUCAGAAGUGCUAAACAGGACCUUAUGGUUGAGGAUAAUAUUCUGAAACUGGAGAUCAAACGUUUACGAGACCUACUGUAUAAUAAAGCAGAUCAUGUGCUUUCAUUAGAAAAACGAAAGCUGCAGCUGCAGACAGCCAUGAGGGAACGCACAGAAGAAAUCAAGAUUCACAAAGAAAUGUUGCAAUCUCAGGUCAGAAUGGCUGAUCAAGAUCGUCAGAGCAUCAGUGGAGAAUUGCAUGAGAGAGUGUCCAAAAUUGAUAAACUGAGGAAGAGGUUUGAGAUCCUUAUGGUUGCCAUGGCACCACCUGAAGGAGAAGAAGAGAAGUCGCAGGCAUAUUAUGUGAUUAAGGCUGCACAGGAGAAAGAAGAACUUCAGCGCACUGGGGAUGAUUUGGAUGCUAAAAUCCGCAAGGCAGAAAAGGAAAUUAGAGCCUUGGAAAAUACUCUUCAAGUGAUAAAUGCCUGCAACUCCAGCUACCGAAAGUCUUUUAUCAAAGUUACAGAAACAAGUGAGGAAUAUGAGGAAAAGCUGAAACUAGAAGAACAGAAGAGAGCUGUUGAAGAGAAAUACAGAUUCAAGAGAAAGCAAAUUAGGGAAUUACAGGAUGAUUUUCGGAGUAUGAGCAGAACCCUUGAAGACCUGCUGACAGAUGAAACUAUGUACAGUAAAUCAGUAGAAGAAAAACAAUCAAAGAUUACCCAUUUAAAUAAAGAAUUGGAUAAUCAGAAACAGAAAAUGGAAAGGGUUAUGAAACAGAGUUCAAAGUUGGCUAGAGAAAUUAGAUCUGCAAAGAAGAGUAAAGGAGAAACACAUGAAGAACGUGACAUAGAUCUCCGUGAGCUACGUGACUUCAAUAGAUCUGUUAAUAAGUUACUAGUUGAUGCUAUGGAGCGCAAUCCUGAUCUGACCACAGCACUUCAGAUCUAUUUCCAACAGGCUGGCUUGGAACUACCUACAACUGUUUCUACACCCAGCAGUCGACAAAGCUCUAGACCUACAUCGGCACGAAGCUCUGCAUCAUCUUUGAGAACUCAAGGAUCAUCUGGAAGCUCUUCUAGCAAUGGUUCUGCUCGAUCUGCUACAAUAAAGACCUUGGACCUUGGUCUUGACAUAGCUGUUACCUCAGCCGUAGUGACAUCUCCCUCUUCUACCUCACAGCCUGGCAGUGCAGCUAGUAGUGCUAGAAGUUCCCAUUCCAAAAAGAGCCUGAAAUAAAAUUUCUAAGUUGCUGAAAUGAGCAUGUUAUGUAAAAUAUAUAUCAAAAGGAAGGACGCUUUAAAAUACUGCAGCAUUUACUUGAUAGUGAAUUGCAAUUGUGAAUAAGUCUGAUUGUUUAAAUGCAUGAAGGAUGACUAGCAGAACCCAGCAGAUCUGAUACAUAUGUAAUUUUUUUAAAGCGGAAAAUAAAUUCAGUACUAUAA